CUCCUCGGAAGCUGAAGAGCCGGUGAGGCGGUGGAAGCAGCAGCAGCAGCAGCACCAGCAGCAGCAGCACCAGCACCAGCAGCCGCCACAGCCGCCGAGCAGUAGCUGCAGCCGCAAGCAGCCUUCUCCUUCCCUCCUUCCCUCCUUUCCUCCCUCUCUCCUGUGUUGUGAGUGUGACUCGGGGUGGCAGAGAGAGAGAUAGGGAGAGAAACGGUUCUUGGACUUAGCCCGGGAGAGGAGCGAACCCUGCGAUCCGGGCUCCGAACUCCGAGUAGCCUGGAACCCAGUGCAGGAAGGGAGGGAGCCAGCAGCUCAGCGGAGGCAGAGCCCCCGGGGCAGAGAGCUUACAGGGGGAUCCACACUCCGGACAGACCCCAGGAGCCACCAGUAGCCAGCAGAGCUGAGCUCCUGAGCUCUGGGGACCCGGGGGGCAGAGCUCAGAGCUGGGGAAGCAAGCAGACAGCCGGUAGCCGUCGACAGACGUCAGUCUCCCGCCAGGGAGCUUUGGACCCUGGGACCAGCGGCGCCGGGAGCCUGGAGAGCCAGGAGCGAGCGAGCGUCCCUCGAUCUAAUCGGAGGAGCAGCACCCCUCACCCCACCCCCCACUGACCCCCCUCCGUACCCCUCCCCACUCCUGGACGUGGUUGGGGGCAUGUGAGCUGGAAGCCCGCGGCAACCGGCAGCGAUCAUCCCGAGGGAGAAGCCCUGCCCCAGCAAAGGACAGAGCUGGAGCCGGAGCCGGGAGAGUAGAUGUCCAUGAGGAGCCCCAUCUCUCCCCAGCUGGCACUAGAUGGCAUUGGGACCAUGGUGAACUGCACUGUCAAGGCAGAAGAAAAGAAGGAGAUAUGCCAGGAGGCCCCACCUGGCCAGCAGGUGCCAGCCCCUGCUGCGGAGCCCUUGACCGGAGACCCAGCCCGGGCCCCCCAGGAUGGAGCUGACUCAAGUGGCCCACCCCAGGACUGUGGGUCACCAAAGAGCGAUGGGCCACCAGAACCUAGGAGAUCAGGGCCUGAGCCAGCCACUGGAAGCCAAGAAAAGCUGGAUUUCAAUCGGAAUUUGAAAGAAGUUAUGCCCACCAUUGAGAAGCUUCUAUCCAGUGACUGGAGAGAGAGGCUUCUAGGAAGAAGCACUGUGGAAACCAAAGAUGUCAAAGGGACCCAAGAAAGCCUGGCGGAAAAGGAACUUCAGCUCCUGGUCAUGAUCCAUCAGCUGUCUACUCUUCGGGACCAGCUCCUGACAGCUCACUCAGAGCAGAAGAAUAUGGCUGCCAUGUUGUUUGAGAAGCAGCAGCAACAGAUGGAGCUAGCCAGGCAGCAGCAAGAGCAGAUAGCAAAGCAGCAGCAGCAACUCAUUCAGCAACAGCACAAGAUCAACCUCCUCCAGCAGCAGAUCCAGCAGGUCAACAUGCCCUAUGUCAUGAUCCCUGCAUUCCCUCCCAGCCACCAGCCCAUGCCUGUCACCGCUGACUCUCAGCUGGCACUACCUAUUCAGCCCAUCCCUUGUAAACCAGUGGAGUACCCGCUGCAGCUGCUGCACAGCCCCCCUACCCCUGCUGUGAAGAGGCCUGGGGCCGUCUCUACCCAUCACCCUCUCCAGGAAUCUUCACAGCCUCUGAACUUGACAGCCAAGCCCAAAGGUCCGGAGCUGCCCAACACCUCCAGCUCCCCCAACCUGAAGAUAAGCAACUGUGGUCCCCUCCCUGCCAACCAUGGGGCUCCUACCCGGGACCUCCAGGCCAGCCCACCCAGCCUACCCCUAGGCUUUCUGGGUGAGGGCGAUGCCAUCACCAAAGCAAUCCAGGAUGCCCGGCAGCUGCUGCAUGGCCACAGCGGACCCAUUGAGAGCUCUCCUAAUGCCUCUUACAGGAAGGACCUCAUCAACCUGGAGUCAUCCCCAGCCAAGGAUCGGCUGGAGGAGAGCUGUGGGCACCAGCUAGAUGAGACUAUGCUGAGCUGUGAUAUGGAUGGCUCCCGACACUUCCCCGAGUCCCGGAACAACAAUCACAUUAAGAGGCCCAUGAAUGCCUUCAUGGUGUGGGCCAAGGAUGAACGGCGAAAGAUCCUCCAGGCCUGUCCUGAUAUGCAUAACUCCAGUAUCAGCAAGAUUCUUGGCUCCCGCUGGAAAUCCAUGACAAACCAGGAGAAGCAGCCGUACUACGAGGAACAGGCGCGGCUGAGUCGCCAGCACCUAGAGAAGUAUCCUGACUAUAAAUAUAAGCCUCGGCCCAAGCGCACAUGCAUCGUGGAGGGCAAGCGACUACGAGUAGGGGAGUACAAGGCUCUGAUGAGGAACCGGCGCCAGGACGCGAGGCAGAAUUACGUGAUCCCCCCACCAGGCAAUCAGAUGCAAAUGAGCUCCCCAGAUGUCCUGUACCCCAGAGCACCCGGAAUACCACUGGCACAGCCCCUUCUGGAGCACUAUGUGCCCCGGAGCCUGGACCCCAGCAUGCCUAUCAUUGUCAACACCCGAAGCCUUAAGGAGGAGAAUGAGGGAGCUGAGGACGGGCACUCUGUAGCCGAUGGGGAGAUGUUCCGGUACAGUGAGGAAGAAGAUUCCGAAGUUGAGGAGAAGAGUGAUGGAGAGUUGGUGGUGCUUACAGACUGAACUGGGCUCAGGGGGUCAUGCCCCUCACUCCUCCCAGGCAUAUCUUUAAAGGGGGAGGGAGGAGGCUAACAAGGGCUUGUCCCCUGACCCUAUCAGGCACCACCAGCAGACUUGGACUGUGUAGGUACCUUGACAGGGAUGUGUCCAGGAGAUGGGCACAGCUGUGCAUAUGUACAUAUAUCUAUGCAGGGGAAAUGGGAUCAGGAAAGGUUGAAUCCUACCCCAGGAUGUUUGGCCUGGAAGUAGGCAUCCUCUCUUGGGGCGCUUCAGAGCCAAUGGGUCAGUGUGGACUUUAGGAAAACAGGGGGGCACCUGAGUUCCUAGAAAAGGGGAGCUCCAUAGUCUGACCCAGCUUCCUAUCAACAACCAAGUGAUGCCACAAGUCCCCUGAUACUCGCAUCUAGGAGGUUAUUGUAUGACUAGCACCCUCUACUCCCUCCCUGUCUGGGAUUCCGGUUGCUGCAACCCCCUCCCCCAUACUCUAUUUUCUCAUCUCCCUUGAUCUGCCGGGAGGGUGGUGUAUGUUUUGCGUGUCCAUUUUAUCCAUCCACUCCCCACCCUCCACUCUAUUCACGCCCCAUGUUUGGGGUAGCAUACCUCCUCAUUCAUUUUACUCAACUUCCUGCAGGGCUUUCUUUCCCUCCGCUCAUGGGUCUUUUCCCAGGGUCUAUGUCUGCUUGGUGUGAAUGAGCCCACGGCUGUGCAUGAGAGUCUCUCAUCCGUCUGUCUUUCCCCUUCACGUUCUCAUCCUCUCUUUCCUCCGCGCUGGACUGUCUCUGUCUUGGUUUGUCCAGCCUGCAUGUGUAUCUGUGUGGGUGUGUUAGUGUGUGUGGGAGGGUGUGCGUGUGCGCAUGUGGCCCGUGUGUCCCCAUUCUGGGGGAUUCCUGUGUCUCAGGAUUCCUGAGGGGAGGCUUAUUUCUAUGCCUCUCCUUCUCUGACUCUGGAUAUCUCUGUCAGUGAGCAUCAUUAGACUCUUUGCCUUUCUGUAGCUCUCUGUGGGUCUCAGGUUCUCUUUCUUUUUUUUGUGUUUCUGUCUCUGUCCUGGGUCUCUGUUUCCUUAUCGAUUCGCUCCUCCCUGGCAGGAUGCCCCGACCCUUCUGGAGCCACCCUCAGUGUCUGGACAUCUCUGUGUGUCUUUGGGUCUCAGUGUUUGGAGCUGUCAGCCACCCUGACCUCCUCCCUCUCCUGUUCACUGACUGCCAGUCAAUUCCCACGGAGCCAUUUUUAGCUCUGAGAUGCAUGAGAACGCAGCCUCUCCAAGGGGCUACCCAGCCCCCUAGCCCUCGACUGCCCAACUUAGACCCUGGUUCCCAGCAGAGGGGAGUGGGGGGAAGGGAAAUGGGACCUUCUCCAGUGCCCUGGAAGCUGGGAUCUGGGGAAACUGGCUGAGGCCAGAAAAGCAGGUGCUGGGAAAGACUGGCUACCUGCGUCAUCUGGUCCUAGCCCUGCCUGAUAGACAAGGUCAGUUUGGACAAGUUUGGAAUGAUGGGCAUCAAAGAUUGCCCAAGGUGGCCAAGGCUGCUUCCAGAACUGGCUGGCCCUGCUGGCCUGGGAAGGGAAGGGUAUGUAUGUGUGUGAGUCACUUUGUUUAUUUGGGGGGGGGGGGGACGGGUGGUGAGGAGCCUCUGCUGCCCUUUCCCUCCCCUUCUUUCCCUUGGCAACAGUCCUUCCCUAUUCCUUUCUCCACACUCACUCUCCACCCCCUUGCCAUUGACCCCACCCCUUGGCUGGGGGACUUCACUUUGCCCAUGAUCAGUCUCUCAUUUUAUUUAUUUAUUUCCACCCCCAAGAAAGUCACAUCCCAUUGGAGAGGAACACUGAGGGGGCAGGGAGAGAGCUCUGGGGUCAGGAGGAGGGGACUCAAUCCAGCUGGGACAGAUGUGGAAACCAAGCCUACCCUUUGUCCCAUCCACCCCCAUUCCCCACCUCAGCCCCUUUCCUAAGCCCCCAUAUCUUUCUCCAGGGUUAUUCCUUUUUUACAACUGUAAACAUAGAUAGGGCUUUAUUUUGUUAAUAAGAUGAUGAUGAGCAACUUAACCUGUAUAUUUCUCCUGACCUGUUUACAAUCUGGGGAUUUUUUUUCCGGUUGGCACAAUAAAAAGAGAACAUUUUGGAUCCUU